AUGUCCCAAGUUUACACAUACGCAGAUGUUGCAGAACAUGUCCUUCCAGAUGACUGUUGGAUAGCUAUUGACGGUAAAGUUUAUAAUGUAUCUAAGUUUCUGGAUGAACAUCCAGGUGGUGAUGAAAUCAUAUAUGAAUUAGCUGGUAGUGAUGCUACAGAAUACUUUCUCGAUAUCGGUCAUUCUGAUGAUGCUUUAAAGAUUUUGAAAACUUUAUGUAUCGGUGAAUUAGACUUGAAUAGUGAGAAGGUUCAACCUAAGAAACAUCAAGUGUUACAUGAGGAUGAGAAGAGCAGAAACGGCCCUCAAGGAAACGGUUAUAUCGCCGUCUUCGUUGCUCUUUGCUGCUUAGCAUUAGGCCAUUACAUCUUAAACGAAUAA